GAUCCCAAAGAUCACGAGAUCAAAUUUUGCCCUCGAUUCGACUUUUUAAAUCAGCAGUAAACAACACAUUGUUCGCACUCACGUGUUUAUUAUUAAAAAAAUCAUGUCCAUUCCCCUCAUCAGCCAGCAGCUAUAAAACGCGGUUGAUCGGUUCACUCUCGCAUCAUUUUACCUUCAGCUCCAGCUUUUCGCCCACCAGUGAGAUUUAAGAAAAUGAAUUUGCUUUUGGUCGUUUUCCUCGUUUUUCUCCCUGCGUUUGAGACAACGAACAGAACAGCUUGCUUGCCUGAAGUGUCCAUCCGCGAAUUCGUAAAAUUCUGGGAAAAAUACGAGGAGGAAUGGAGUAGGUGCCAAGGGGGUCAGUGUCUAGAAGAGGACAAGCGCUCGCGAAAUGGCUCUAAAUGUGACAUCCAGGAAAUCAAGCUUCAGGUGGAAACUACCCUCAAUAAUUUCAAAGAUGAGAUGAGGCAACUGGUGCUCAAUCUAACAAACCAAUUCCAGCAUUCAAUUGAAAAGGAGGAAAAGAAGUUGACUUGUCUUCAAAAAUAUAAGCAGGACGUGGUGACCCUUGGAAACGGGAAAAGCUAUCAUUUCUCAACAGUUUUGAAAAAUUGGUAUCAAGCGAAGGAUUAUUGCGUGGAGAAGGGCAUGCGUUUGGCAUCCCCGAAGACUCAAGAAGAACUCAAUAUCCUGCAUGGAAAAAUAAGAGAUAUUGAGGAUGGUAAUUUCUGGUUGUCCGCGUCGGACGUUGGGCGUAAAGGAAUCGAAUUCAGGUGGCUGGACGGAGAAGUGGUUCCUAUCAGCAGUUCCCUUUGGGCCAAAGAGAGCAAGCAACCCGACCAUUUUGGCGAUGGCCAUGAAGCCUGCGCUUUCAUUUCAAAAUAUACUGAAAGUAACAAGUUGCUCGACCAUGAAUGCAGGACAACGUCAGUAGCUGGCAGUAUUUGUGAGGCAGUCGAUUGCGUCUAAAGAACUUCAAGUUUUUUUUAAAUCUUGUACUUCCAAAUAAACCAUAUGAAUUUUGGAUUCGGAA